AGAUUCUGAUCAUUUAAAAAAAGAAAAGGACAGCGUUCUCUCACCCAGUCGUCACUAUGCUCCUCCAAACAUUCCCUCGUUCUCCGUCUUCUGAAGGGAACAUGUUUUUGAUGUGGCAUCAUCUACACAAGUGGAAGACUCAUGAUAGAAUUGACAUGUAUGGAAAAUUUUGUGGGGAUCAAUUUUUCCUGAAGAAUUUGACAAGAGGAAGGAGAUAUUUCUCAAGAAGUAUUGGCACUUCCAUUUCUUGCUCAAAUGGUAUAGGAAAGGAUCCUUAUAUUCCUUCAAAUGAAAAGGUCACUAAUGCAAAGCUGAUUUAUGCUGUAGCUCCUGCCAUGGGUCAUAACCAGGAGUCACAUCCAGAAUCUAAUUUUAGAGUUCCUGCAAUUGUUAAUGCUCUUGAAAAGAUGGAGCUGACUCCAAAGUUUCGUGGCUCAGAGAUCAUUGAACUUCAAAAUUUGAAGCCUGCUUCCGUGGAUGACAUUGCAAGUGUUCAUGCUAGAGCCUACGUAUCAGGCCUUGAGAAGGCUAUGGAUCAGGCUGCACAACAGGGCAUCUUAUUCAUUGAUGGUUCUGGACCAACAUAUGCUACUGCCACUACAUUUCAUGAGUCACUAGUUGCAGCUGGAGCAGGAAUUUCCUUAGUUGAUUCAGUGGUUGCAGCAUCAGAGAACCGCCUGAAUCCACCUAUGGGCUUUGCUUUGAUUAGACCUCCAGGACAUCAUGCCAUUCCAAAGGGGCCUAUGGGGUUUUGUGUUUUUGGAAAUGUGGCCAUUGCAGCUCGUUAUGCACAACGCGUACAUGGGCUAAAGCGUGUGUUUAUCAUUGAUUUUGAUGUUCACCAUGGGAAUGGAACAAAUGACGCCUUUUACAAUGAUCCGGAUAUAUUUUUCCUUUCAACUCACCAAGAUGGAAGCUAUCCUGGCACUGGUAAAUUUGAUGAGGUAGGUCAUGGAGAUGGUGAAGGAACAACACUUAAUCUGCCUCUACCAGGAGGCUCAGGUGAUAUUGCCAUGACAACUGUGUUUGAUGAAGUGAUUGCACCGUGUGUUCAGAGGUUUAAGCCGGAUAUAAUUCUUGUCUCUGCUGGGUAUGAUGGCCAUGUAUUGGAUCCACUGGCCAGCCUGCAGUUCACAACAGGAACAUACUACAUGCUUGCGUCCAAUAUUAAACAACUUGCCAAAGAUGUGUGUGGAGGUCGCUGUGUGUUUUUCUUGGAAGGAGGUUACAACCUUGAGUCUCUUUCAUACUCGGUGGCAGAUUCAUUCCGUGCGUUUCUUGGGGAACGGAGCUUAGCGUCUGACUUCGAUAACCCUGCCAUUUUGUAUGAUGAACCAUCGACCAAGGUUAAGCAAGCGAUUCAGAGGGUGAAACACAUACAUUCCCUGUAACAUGUCUAAACCUCCUCUAUCAUAUGUAUACCUAAGUUUUAAGUCAUGUACCUAGUUCCAUAUACAUUUCAAACUUAACUAUACACCAUUCUAUUCUCUCA